GCUGUCAAAGGGUUCAGUAGAAAUUUAAAAACACCUCUCACUACCUAGUGAAACAGAUUACAAAAAUAUACCAGCCAUCACAAGUUUGAACCGCCCGAAAAAUUCGAUUCGCCAAAUUUCCAGACCAAAAUGUUUGAGAUGCAGUACAUAACCUCUCGAGUCCACCGUUUUUUGCAUAAAUUAUUUUACCUGCACCACGAUAAGGACGAGUAUUCGAUCUGGAACUUUUGCCCGAUGACCAUCUGGAAGGAGUUCUCAUCCUUGCUCCAAUCCUGCUGCUUUUGCCGAACCGGGUUAUUCCCAUUGGUUUACUGGCUGGUAGUGCUCAUCAGUCUCUAUGGAGCUGGGAUCAAUGGCUAUGAGGUGAUGCAAAUGUGGAAGGACCCCUGUGGCAAGUUGACCGUGUGGCGUCAACGGCACUUCUACGUAAUGGAUCAAUUGGUGCUACGCAAGGUCCGUCUUGUAAGCUCCAGCAUCUACCAGAUCGCAUGGUUCAUGCUCGUCUACGGCAUUAUAAUGGUUUCCCCCAACGCUAUGGCGCCCUGGAUUCUGGUGACCAGCCUCGUCCUGUCCGUGGAGGGGUUUAUAUGGUUCUUCGAGGUGAUCACCGGCAUACUGCCGAUUAACCCGCAGACGGUGCUGUCACUGGUUUUGCACGUGUACUUUUUGGGGAUGGUGUGCUGCGUGAAAAGCGUGUUCGAGGUGGCGCUCGCUGAGCAGGCCGACUACUCGCUGCGGAUCAUUUGAGGACGGGUCGCCGCCGAAUGUCAUCAUUAAGUAAAGGUGCAGGGCCGGCAUAAUUGCAUCUGAACCUGCAUUAAGUCCAAUUAAGUUGGCGGCGGCACGCACACCAUCUCGCCCCUAAUCAGUGUUCGUGAUGCCCCUUACUUACCCGUUGGCUUUCGAAAUACUCUUGCUUUCCGAAAACAACAAAUCAUUAAGCUUUGUCAAAUAUUUUUGUAAAUGCUUCAUAGCUUUUU